UUGAAGACUACAUCUGAGAAGCAAGAUGUACCCACUAUUGGCUCUACAGGUUGAUUUAGUUAUCCUAUGUAACUGGGCUUGUAUAUCAGAGUGAACUGUUCAAUUGUACUUCUAAAGAUAACAACACAAGCUAAUCUGCAAAUAACAUCUUAAAUUGAAUGACAAAAGCAACGCUACGAUGCAUAUUGCUUUAUGUAAAAUUACACCGCGUAUAAUUAUUGCGAAAACCAUUGGGCUAGAACAUACGGUUAAAAGCCUACAAAUAUUGGGCUGUCCUUUAUGACUUUUCCAUGUGCGAGUUGUAGUGUUCUCAUAUCAAACGGUUUGCUUUAUCCUUUAGCAGUAUACUAUAUGAUACGGAUGUGUCUGCUACAGGUUUGAUCAGUCAGGUAACUGAUCAGUAAAUUAUAAUUCACGUUAUUAUCAUUAUUGUUUUUGUCAGCAUGGAUACCUUUUAGUUAUUAGUACGUGUUUUCUCUAGAUACUCAUCCUAACAAUUGGUCGAGGAGACUCCAUACCUACCAGACUAGAUUGCCAGGAGCCUGAUGACGCUUACUUGAACAGGAUGCGCAGGAGUGUGUUGGAGGACUUUGUUUACAUGUCUGAGGCACACGUACAAAUUGAUGAAAUAAAUCAACAUAGAGAUUGUCCUUCCAGAACUUUGCUCUCCAAUACAGACAGUAUUUCAUUGUGUCCUACAUACCAAUCACUCGACAGGGAUGAAAGGCGUACACCAUCUGACAUACUUCAAACCAGGUGUCGCUGUGAUCGUUGUGCCAUGCGUCGUAGGCGGCGUUAUCAAUAUAGAUGUACACCCGUCUUCCGGUAUAUACCUGUUCUCAUGAGGGUCGGCUGUACAGACGGCAUAUAUGAUUAUAUGGUAGCCGAGGAAAAAGUGUCAGUUUCAUGUGUUUGCACAGAAAAAAAUAAAUUUAAACAAAAUCGUAAAACUGUCAGUUCAGUUGAAGAACGUGUGAAAUAUUCUGUGUCUGGCGAUAUUGGAAGCAUUUUAAAUAAGGAAAAAAUGCCCAUUAAUUAUGAAAAUAGGAACCAAUCACAACCUGAACAGAGUCGUGAUGUUCUGGAGAGAAUGCCUUACGUAUACAAAUCACCAGAACAUGCUACAGACUACACUCACGGGGAAUAUGUGGAGGGAGAAGUUCAAGAACAUCAUUCCGAAGAAAGUUUCCCAGAAACAGAAAAAAUGCCCAUCACGAAUGAAGUAUUAGACAAAGCUGUUGAUUCAACUGAAGGAAUUCAGUCGGAAACACAGCUCCUCACGAAUGAUAAAAACCCAGAUAAGCUCGCGUCUAGGGAAGAUGUAAUUGAAUCGACUGAACAAAAUGCAGCAACACCAAAACCAAACCGUCAAUACACGACGGAAACUUCAACGAACAGAGACAGUAAAGAAAACGGUUUAACUCCGGGAAAUAGGAAAAUACCGGCUGUCUAUGAUGACAUUCACGGGCAUUAUACAAACAAUGAACGAAUGCCGAAAUAAAAACAGUUUACACGGAUCACCAAUGUCAAGUUUAAUUUGUAAAAUUCCUUGUGUGACCUAAACAGAGAAGUAUCUAUGUGAUUAGUUUACCUACAACCAUUUUGUGGAGAAUUACGUAAUACGAUAAGGUAGCCUAUCAAUACUCUGUGUGUAUGUAGUUCUACCUCGAUGAUUUACACUGGCCUACAAUGAUAUUUUCAAUGUAUUAUUCAGUACUGUUUACAUGUUUGAUGGUUUAUUCAAUUUGUUCAAAGGUCUUUCAUAUUGUCUGUGACGUACAUUCGCUUUAGAAUAAAUAUGUUCUCAUUUUC